AUGAAUCCUCCAAAUCAGCAAUAUUACAAUCAAUAUCCCCCUUCUGGUGGACCUCCUCCAGGCCAGCCGAAACAGCCUCAAGCAGGAUAUCAGCAGCCUCCGCCGGGAACUUCAUAUUACCCUCCUGCCGGUCCCGCCGGGUCGGCUGCUCCUGGACAGCCCCAUUACCAGCAGCAGCCCUAUUCUGCUUAUAACGCCCCUCAGGGUCCCCCUCAAGGUCCGCCUCAGGCUAACCAAUAUCAAUGCCAACCACAGCAGUAUCCGCCGGGCCCGCCUCAGGCCCCGGGACAAUACCCGUUUCAGCCGGGACAGUAUCAAAGUCAGCCUUACCCGCCUCAGCAACCGCAACAGGGGCAAUACGGACAACAACCAGUUACAAAUGGACAAUGGGCUCCCGGUCCCCAGCAAAGUCCUCCUCCCAAUGCAUAUGCAUAUUCACAAGCGCCGGCCCCUUAUCCUUCGCAACCACAACAAUACGGAGGCCCUCCGGGCGCUCCGCAAUGGCCGCAACCUCAGCAUCCCGCAUCAGGUUAUGGCUACGGCGUACCACCGACCCCUGCGUCACCUGGUUAUGACCCAGCUCAGAGAGCAUUCAUAGGCCCCGUUAAUACGUCCUCUGACGUUGAAACUCUUCAGGUAGGUACCAUAGCGGCAGAGGCGGGUUUUGUAGAAUGGUUCUAUCCGUAG